GCUGGUGCCGCCGCUCGCCACAGGGCAGCUACAGCCCGACCAAUCCCAAAAGAUCCUCGGAGACCCCUCAAGACCCUCAGCGACCCUUGGCAGCGAUGAAGGCGGCUCGCAUCGCCCUGCGCACCGCGGCUCCCCUGGCGGGGGCUGGCAGCGGCAGCGCCGGCCGUGGCGGCAGCAGCAGCAGCAGCCGGCUGCCGCGGGAGGUGGAGCAGUUCUCCCGCUUCUCCCCCUCGCCGCUCUCUAUCAAGCAGCUGCUGGACUUCGGCUCAACGAAUGGAUGCGAGAGAACUUCUUUCGCCUUUCUGAGACAAGAGCUUCCUGUGAGGUUUGCAAACAUACUGAGGGAAAUCGAUCUUCUUCCAGAUAGAUUGCUAAGCACACCAUCGGUGCAGUUAGUAAAAAGCUGGUACAUCCAAAGUCUAAUGGAGCUGGUUGAGUUCCAUCAAAAAAGCCCAGAUGACCAGAAAGUAUUAUCUGACUUUAUAGAUACACUAAUUAGAGUCCGAAACAGACAUCAUGAUGUGGUCCCUACAAUGGCACAAGGAGUAAUUGAAUACAAAGAUAUGUUUAAAGUAGAUCCUGUCACCAAUCAAAACAUUCAGUAUUUCUUGGAUCGCUUUUAUAUGAGCCGUAUUUCCACCCGGAUGCUCAUGAACCAACACACACUUCUUUUUGAUGAUAAAUCCAGCUCAGGGCACCCAAGGCACAUCGGAAGUAUUGAUCCUUGCUGUGAUGUUGUUGAAGUAGUGAAUGAUGCUUUUGAAAGUUCCAAGAUGCUAUGUGACCAGUAUUACUUAACAUCUCCAGAGCUAAAACUUAAACAAGUGAAUGGAAAAUUCCCAGGGGAGCCAAUUAACAUUGUAUAUGUUCCAUCUCAUCUCUUUCACAUGCUUUUUGAGCUCUUUAAGAACUCAAUGAGGGCAACAGUUGAAUUUCAAGAAAACAGUCCUUCCCUCUCUCCAGUUGAAGUGACAGUCGUUCUAGGACAAGAAGACUUGGCAAUUAAGAUCUCUGACAGAGGCGGUGGUGUUCCAGUGAGGAAAAUUGAGCAGCUGUUCAGCUACAUGUAUUCCACAGCACCAAGGCCAAGGAUGGAUGAUGGCCGAAAUACUCCUCUUGCUGGCUUUGGGUAUGGCUUGCCAAUCUCCCGUCUAUAUGCUAAAUACUUCCAAGGAGACCUAAAUCUCUACUCCAUAUGUGGCUAUGGAACAGAUGCUAUUAUCUACUUGAAGGCCCUAUCAACAGAAUCAGUAGAAAAACUCCCAGUCUUCAACAAGUCUGCUUCUAAGCAUUACCAAGCUACAUCAGAGGCAGAUGACUGGUGUGUGCCAAGCAGAGGCCCAAAACAGAGUGCAGCUCUCUGAAGAAGUUGGUAUCUGAGGCACCCAACGGGAUCAAGCUGGCUUCUCAAGGACUAGUGUUUGGAAGUACUUAGCUACCUUCAAACAGGCAAAUUCUUCAGUUUCAGGACUGGCAAAAGAGUAAGAAGCUAAGGAUGUUAUAGCCUAGGCUGUAUGCAUUAAAUGUGAAAUGCUUCUGUGUACUUCAGGCUGAAGAAAAUUCAAGUACAUAUGUCUUUUAAGAAGAGGUGUGUAUAGAGGAAAUUCAGGCUAUUCUUGUGAUCAAACAUUUGAUGUGGUAGAAGCGUGCAAUUGAGUCCUGUCUAAUGCUUGAAUUCUGGAUACUGAUAAAUAUCAGUUAGGCUGGUAUAUAUUUUUCUCCUAGAAUAGAUAUCAGCAGUUCAUCUUAUUACAGAACUCCUCAGGUAGAUAGUUGCACUCGUACUUUAUAGCUGUAUUUAUAACAUUUGGAAAAUAGCCACUUACCUUGCCUACGAGACUGCUGUUUUAUAAACAGUAUCUGAAUACAGCCUGAAUGGGAAAGAGGGGGUGAACCCUUGCCAGGUAGGGAGAGAGUGUUUUCCAUGUAUAAGGAAGUCCCAUUCUAACAAAAGAAGCAAUCCUGUAUUCCAGUAAUAGUUAUGUGAAGCCUUGCUCAGAGUUAUAUUUUUUUAAAAAGCAUAUAUUUUUAAGCUGUUCAUGGAAAGGCAAGUGAAACAAGGCUACUGUGCAUAAGGAAAUCAGGAUUUUUUUAGGGACAAAUUGGAAAGCCGCUUAUUUGUAACAUCCAUAAAGUUAGCCUAUAUCUCAGCACUCUGGAAAACAAGUGCCAAGUAGAUUAGGAUUUUCUGGGAACUGAAGUGAGACAUGCAAGUUGUACUGAAAGGUUUUGGUGGUCUGUGUUAUGCAAGCAUGGCAUGGGGAACAAUAUACUUAAAGUGUUGUCCUGUGAUUCCCUUUUGUCAUGAUGUUAGAUGACUAGUGGGCUCGAUACACGAGACGAAAAUCUGCCUACUACCAUGUCUGCCAAAUAUAUAUCGUACCACACUAUCAUGUGGUACAUGGGGAAUUCUCAGCCUUGAGAGCUGGGAGCACUGAAGGUCUGUUUGAAAGGUUUUUAGGAGCAGUGGUGGUGGAGUAGAAUGCUGUUCUGAGAACUGUUCUAUGUCAUGGAAAGGGCUUGUGAAGUGAAGAUUUAAAAUAUCAACAACACUGAAAACUGUAGAGAACAGCAAAAUGGGGAAUUGCCAUAGAAACAGUGCUAGUGGGAGAGAGCCGUUGAGAAAAUACUCCAUUUUUAGUAAGCUCUUCUCCCUAUCCCAUCUUUUGGAUUUUUCCCCUCCUUGUAAGCAAGGUAAGCUGAAUGCCAGGAUAAAGUGAAGCUAAUGGAGGUUACCCAGCCGUACAGUCAAAGUUCAUUGGGGCUGUGUAAUACUAUGUGAAUUUUUGUUGACUGAUCAGCAUUAUUAUCUUAAGUGUAUACAAUCCUUGGAAAGAAGUUGCAAAUACAGUAUUUAAAGCAUCUUGUUCAGUUGUAUGACAGAUUAGUAUUUACUGGGCAGAAAGCCACUCCCACUCCAUACUAUACUGUGAAUCUUGAAUUUUUAAUAGCAAUAAGAAAGCAAGAACUAACUUUAUUCUAAAAGUUCUUGCUUGGGGUAAACUUCUCAGUGGAAGAUACUAUUCUGUUAUGAUGUAUUUCUUUCAAAAACUAAACCUUGAAGUGUUGAUGAUAAUUACUGAGCAUGAUGACUUAAGUACUGCAUUGGGGCCACUCUUAUCCCAGUGAAUAAGCUGCAAUCACCAAAGGUCACCAAUUCAGGUAUAUUUUAGUUCAGCUUACUGAGUAAAAUGGAUAACAAAAGUGAAAUAUCUUUGUUUAGAAGAUACAGGUGUGAAAAAGCUGCUUUCACUGCCAUAAUAUACUUGAAUACUUUGACUUUGUAUUGAAUACAAGGUCACAAAAAAUGCCUAGGUAGUUGUUGUUAAACACAAACAAUACUGUCUGCACCCGGGAACGCUUGAAUGUGAGUUGUGAUCUCAUGAUAUACUGUAUAUAUGUACCAUAGCUGCAGCUACCCCAGGUUGGAGCUGUAACUAUUUUUAAGCAGCCAAAGCACAUGAGUGUUGUAAACAAAUGUGUAUUAGAGCUUA